AUGAAGCCUAUGCGUCUGUGUUGUCCCCUGUGGCGUGCCGUGCUCGCCCACCCCGCACCGCAGCACGCGGCACAGCCGAGGCGUAUCUUCAUGGCGACAGCAACAUUCACGUUCCUUCGAUCAAGCAGCGCGUCCGCGACCACCGACUCGCUGUACCCCUCGCCGCUGCUUCAUCAGCGGCGCGCUGUUGGACAGUCCCCCACCCUACCCGGGACACCGCUUUCUUUAUCAGAAAAAAGUAGCACGGCGCGCAGCAGCAGCAGCCCCGUUGCACGCGAGAGCUCAGUCAGCAGCCGGAGCGCCGCUAAAGAAGGCCCUCCAUCACUGGAGCCCGUAGUAGUAGAGCUCGGAACCCUCGUCACACGCAUGAUGCCAGUGGGGGAGCUGUUUCGUGCCCUGAGCCCCGCCUCCCGAAAGAUUCUCGUAGCACAUCGUCUUCCCUUGGAGGAACUCCUCUUGCACUUCCCGAACCACUUCCUGGUGUGCCGCCUCGGCGAAAAGAGGGCGUCGCAAUCUGCUACGCUGCAUGUAGCUCCUCCGUCCUGCGUCAAGAACAACAUGCAGGUUAUGCGACUUCCGCCUGGAACGAAGCCGUUGCCGGCGCUGGAGCAGUGGCUGGGGCCGCAGAAAGCCAUGGAAGUGGCCAUGCCGAAUCUGAACAUCGUUGGUGGGUCGCCUUGCAUAGGCACAGGCAGCGGCUUCGUUAACAACACCACCACACUCAAGGAACGCUUGGAGGAGGUGCUGACGCACAUUCCCAAUGAGUGGGUGGCGUUCUCGAGUCUCAAUAUCUCGCGUGAUGUCAAGAUGCGGUGCAUGGGCUACCCUGUAGUCCGGCCAUGUGCCUUCCUGCUCAAGUACCCACAGUUCUUCGACGUGCGCGUGCAGGACCGGAACGGCAACUCCUUCCUGGUUCGGCGGGCGCUGUCGCUGCAGCAACAGUUGAACAGAAAUCGGAAGCCGUGA